ACAUGAUGGAAUUAGUGUAUAGUUGGUGUCAAGGAAAAUCAUUCUCAGAAAUUAUGAAAAUAGCACCUAAAUACUAUGAUGGUCAUGUUAUUAGAGUGUUUCGAUGUUUAGAUGAAUUAUUACGAGCAAUGGUUAUUGCAGCCAAAAAUAUUGGAAAUUCAGAACUAGAAAUGAAAUUUCAGACGGCCAUUAGUAAGCUAAGACGAG